GGAUGGGAAGCCUGAUCUGCUGAUAGUCAAAGAGGAGACAAUAGAGGACGAACCAGAGCGCAUUGAUCUGCUGAGUGGACUAAAGAUGGGGGCGCAAGGAGACUGGGUGGCCAUCUUGGAUACCCAGACCGGUGUAGCCAAGAGCCCAGGGGAAAACAUCAUUGAUCAGGGCAGGACCAGAGGCGAUAUAGUGGAGUCUGCAGCCCAUGAAGACCUGUUGAUAUCCAGUGUUACUGGUGGGAGAGAGUGGACCUCUGAGGUGGCUGGCCAUAAACCCUGGCCCCGGAUCAGGACCCUGGAUCAGGAGCCUUCGCUCUUCCUUCCCGAGUCGGAACCAGGACACAACCGCGAAGUACAGAGACUCCACCACAUAGAAAACAACCAGUGGUCAGGUGGACUGAACAACCUCAGUCCUGGUGGUCAUCAGAUAGACAGAGGCUCCAGUCAGGGAUCCAGUCUGCAGCCCAGACCCUUCUCUUCACAGUCUCAGUGCAGGGAUGAAGCAGGGCCUGGGGCUGAUAGAGAUAGACCCUCCUGUUCCUAUGAUACAAACACCACAGUAUCCAUGAUGAACAGAGCAGGUCACCCUGGGCUUCAGCCUUCACAGAGAGUGGUGGGAGACCCCCCUGGUGGUAGUCUAUCAGCAAGUCUGUCUUCUCCUUCAGGUUCUCAUCUAAUGCCUUGUGACUGGGUUCAUAGAAAGCCUGGGCCUGGACCUGGGUCUAGCCUUCCUCAGUUACCUCAUGGUUACCCUACAAAUACAGACAGGGUCAGGAUGGGUGUUCAACACGAGAGGUACCUAGCCUAUAACACAUCACAUAAUCCCAACAACACCCAAACAAUGGCUAGAGGUCAGGGAGGGAGCUCAAAGACUAACCAUCUGAGGGUGGCUCCUGCUUCUGCCUCGUCUGGUGUCAUUGGGUCACAACAUGGGAGGCCGAGCGUUAGGACUGAUGCAGAAAAGCCGUAUGCCUGCCCCACAUGUGGGAAGAAUUUUGCUAAAGCAAAAUAUGUGAAGCAGCACCAGACCAUUCACACCAAUGAGAGGCCCUUCAAGUGCAAACUAUGUUACAAGAGCUUCUCCUUCCUGAGUAUCCUUAUCAGACAUAGGAGUGUCCACAAUGGGGAGAAAUUGUAGCAGUGUGGCUUGAGAUGUACACAGGGGAUAUCUGAGAACCAUUCUUUAAGCUGACAUAUUAUAGUUAUCAUGUGAUGUGUCUUGUGGUAAGAGGUUUUUUUGGAUGACUAAAUCCCUCAGCAUCUGGGCAUGCUGUCUUUCUCACGUGAUACAGACUUGUUGUUUGGUGUGCUGGCAUAGCCAUAACACUGUCAUUUAAGUCUAACACUAUAUUCAUCCUUUGAAUUUGGUUUUGCCUAUGUUCUAUUCAUAACAAAUAUAAUGUACCUCUUUUAUAUAACACCUUUAUAACACCCCCUACCCCCCAAAAUUAUUUGGCAUAAUCAGGAGGUAUCUGUA